AAAUUACAGACACAUAUUGGCCGGGCCAGGGCAUAACCUCACCUAGUAGUAUUUAUCCAAGUCAAGGCAACAGUAACGAAAGUCCUAAAACUAGAAGGAAACGUAAAAGUAAAAACCAGCUAGGUUGCCCAACACAUGUACAUGUAACUGUAUAAAGUAGACAGAAGCUACCAUUAAUGUUUUCUGUUCCUCAUGGAAAAUAAGGAGAUGAAGAAGAUUUGUACCGCCGGAAACAAAUCUGAAGAUUUACCUGAAGAUAUAAUUUUAUGAUAUAUUCUCUAGAUUUCCCACCAUAUCUUUGAUGCGAUCCAGCAAAUUCUUGGUACGCACAAGGCAGCCGCGUAAAGAAAAGUUUUAUUACUACAGUUGUGAACACGACGGCCAGAACCAGAAGUUGGGUAAAAAGACCAAAAGCACCUCCAUUCUGGGCGGUGUUAGCUAUCACAAAGUUGAGUACGCCAAAGGUUUGUUUUGUUUAUGGAGUGAAAAUUUCGAGCCUGUUUUUAUUUUCAAUCCUACUACUAGAGAAUCGAGAUUUCUUCCUCGUCUAGACAUUGAUUUUAGUACUAAUUAUCAGUGUCACUGUUCUUUGGGUUUUGACCCAAAUUUGAAAAAACACAAAGUUCUUAUGACAAUUUAUGACCCUAAGAUGAAGUUAACCCGACACUGCUGGGUUUUCACUUUAGGUGAAACGACGUGGAGAGAGAUCAACUGCGACAGGAUAACCAAUUUUUACCCAAAAACGAAUUAUGAAGGAGUUUACGUUGAUGGAGCUGUGUAUUUUUACUGUGGUCACUGCAACAUUUACGGACUUGACAUAGUGGCCUUUAAUUGUAGAAUCGAAGAGGUCAGAAUUAUCUCAUUGUGGGACAAUUAUCGUAAUUAUGGGAUGAGGAUAGGACGCCGGUUUAACCUGGUAGAACUUGAGGGUAAAUUAGCAGCCAUUGACGUCAUGUUUAAUUAUAUGCGUGUUUGGAUUCUACAAAGUCCAGAAACAGGAGAAUGGAUAAGGCAGCUUGAGAUUGUCAUUCCUCCUCAAUCCUCAGUAGCAACAUAUGGGAAUUUUGUAGUACAUCGCAGAUGUACUAGUACUACUGACAAGAAGGAGAUCGCAUUCACGAAACUAAAUAAUGAUCCAACAAAUAGGAUUUUAUUCUACGAUUUGAAGGAAAACAAGUGGAGAUCAGAGAGAAUCCUGGGGCUUGCUGAGAAUGCUAAGAUUAUUGGUAUCUAUAAUUAUGAGUAUUGCAUCUACUCAGUUUGAUGUCUAUUUUUCUUCUUAAGCUCUAUACUAUUUUAGGGGAUCAUCUAUUGUGUGGAUUACUGUUAAGUUGAUGUUAAGGUUUGAACUUAAAUUGAGCGGACCCUCAAUGUUUAUGUUGCUUGAGAAUUGAUUCCUC